AAGCUGUUUUUAAAGACUAACUUGGUUUCCGAUUUAAGUAAUGGCAAACAGAAAAGUGUGUCAAGUUAUGUGAAGUUGGUAUAAUUGCUACUUAGAGGGAGCACUUGAAGGCAGCAUCAGUACUGCAGCCGCCAACGGUGCCGCUGUGUCUGACGAUGGUAGACUGGAAAGAAGGAUGGUCAGGGCUGUCCCCGUCUAACCUGAACAUGAAUGUGUGAUUUGAUUCGUGCCCGUUUAUAGCACUAAACCAGGUUACACGUUUAUUUAGCUUUAGCUAGUUAUACAAGGUUUUUUUUUCUUUUCAAAAAUGGAGGACGACUGUGUUUGUGAGUACGACUCGACCUGGGACACAGAGAGUGAUGGAGACGACCCGGCCGGAGACAGCCAAACCCGUCGGUCAUGUCAAGACAAAAACAAAUCUGGCUGGACUUUAAAUUGGCAUCAUACGCCCAGAAACAUGAGGGCAGCAAAGGACAUGCAGAACUACAGAAGAGGCUAUCCAAAUCUUACAGAUGACGAGUGCUCAGAAGACAAAAUGAACAAUUUGCAGUUUUAUCUCAAUAAAUUUCCCUCUGCUCCUGAUGAUGUCUACAUUGAGUCAUUUCUUAAGGAAUGGAAAAAUGACUACAAAAGACUGGAGAGAGUUCACUCAUACAUUCAGUGGCUGUUUCCACUGCGAGAGCCGGGGGUUAAUUACAUGGCUUCAGAACUCACCAAGAAGGAAAUUGAGGCCUUCAAAAAGAAUGAGGACGCCAAAAGGAGACUAGUCGAGUCCUACGAACUCAUGUUGGGCUUCUAUGGCAUCCGUUUGGUCAACAAAGAGACUGGUGAAGUGAAACGAGCAGAAAACUGGAAGGAGCGAUUUGGAAACCUGGAGCGGAAUAUGCACAACAACCUGCGCAUCACUCGCAUCCUGAAGAGCCUAGGAGAGCUGGGCUUCGAGCACUACCAGGCCCCGCUUGUGCACUUCUUUCUGGAAGAGACUCUCCUCAAGAAGACCCUCAGCAGUGUUAAACGCAGCGUGCUUGACUAUUUCCUGUUUGCUGUCCUGGACAAGCAGAAACGUCAGGAGCUUCUGCGCUUUGCCUACCUUCACUUUGAGCCAAAGGAUAAGUUUGUGUGGUGUCCCAGAAAGAUUCAGAAACAAUUCAGGAAGGCGGAGAAAAGAUCUGAUGCUGUUGGGAAUGGAGAUGGAAAAGAUGAAGUGUAUUCACGGGGUAAAAGCAAAGAUGGAGAAGCAGUUGUGCAAGAAAAAGAGGAUGGACUGGAUAACAUUUCAAAGGCUCAGAAAGGAACUGAUAAAACAGCAAGUAAAGACAAAAACAAACUGUCUGAGGCAUCCCCUGAGCCAAAACCAGACGCUGAGGCUGUCGGAAAUGGAAAUGCAGAGGCUGAGUCUAAUAAUACAAUUUUGGGGGAUGGAAGUGACUCUGCAGAUGAAGAUAAUAUGGAUCAGUCGCCCAGUACUGUGACGGCAAAAAGCGAGCCCUGUGCAGACAGUGAGCACAAAUUUACCAACAACUCGAAGGACACCAUCCAGGAACCAGACAUUAUGCAAACUGAUGGGGACACUGAAAAACCACAGAAGAAAAAGAGAGAAGAUAUCAAGGUGCUGCCAAGCAACGGCUCUGCUGGGGACUUCGCCAGUGGGCAGAUGGAAAAAAAAGAUGGUGCUAAUAAAGCCACUGGUCAAAUGAGCCCAUCAGCACAAACCCCCCUAAAGACUUCAAAACACGCACCCACUCUUUCUUUGGAAAGGGAGGAAAAAAUCCCAAGGACUGAUUUUAAUCCAGUGCUGGAUAAAAAGCAAGAGGAAGAAGCAUCGCAGGCAAAUAUGUCCGCAACAAAUGGGUCACUGAAGAGCACCGACAAAGGAGUGGAUGAACAGACAAAUGGGAAGGAGUCGCAGGAUAUUGAUAUGGAAUCAGACCCCUCAAGCUCAGACCAAAAUGUAGGGAAUUCAUGAAUAAAUUGAAUGAUUGGAGAAAAUACAUUUAAUUUCAGCUUAAAUUAAAUGUAAUAUAGGACAGAGUAUGACUUGAAAAAGACUUUCUGGGCCUUAUUUCUACCAUAUUUGAUGUUUAGAUAUUGAUUAUUUUCACUUUGAAGGAGUAUAUGAAUUCAUUAACUUACUAAAUGUGGGGCUGGAUGUGAGAAUAUUAAAGGAUAAGGCCAGUGAUAUUCUAUAUUUUUGUUUUUGUCAACAAAUCCCAUGAAAAGGUCAAAACAGCAGGGGACUCGAUGAGCCGCUGCAAUCCGCAAGGCUAGGGUCAGGUGACUGACAUAGACAGCCGAAGCUGUCAGCAGGCUAAUUUUCGCUAGCAUUGCUAGCUUGACUACUAGCACAUAACUCAACUGUCCUUGGAAAUUUUGUAAAACUUCAUACAAAAUUGGAAAAAACACUGAAGUGGGAGACUUCCACUAGGUCAGUUCAGAAUGUCUGGGGAAAUAUCAGAUAAUGAAAAGUGCACCACUCUCUGCUAUUAUAGUUAAAGGACAAGAAAUGUAAUUCUCAAUCAUCAAUUUGUGCUGAGUGUGUCCAUUGUAACAUUUUAAAUAAAAAAUCACAAAACCUCAUUAAACCCACAGUCAGUGUGGCCUUACCAUUGUAACAGCUCGCACAGCUAAUAGCAGUCAGCUGACAGUAACCAUGCUAGCAUUGGUGGCUAGCUAACGGUAGCACUACCCUCCCAGUCACGAGACCUUUGGAUUGCAGGUUGUCGUCCGUCGAGAGUCUCCCCAAAACCAACAGUGCGUUAGUCCAUCUCAAUACUUUGACUUCCCUACCCUGUCUGCAGCUCUCAGCUUCAAGCACAUUGGUUCUUAUUGAAGACAUGACUCAUUUUACAGCAGUUUUAUCACAUGACUCAAACGGGAGUGUUUUUGUUGGGGACUAUUUUCAGCCAGGGAUUUGGAAGUAUUAACAGCAGGAGGACCGUGUAUGUGGGAUUGACUCAAAAUAAACUGCAGUGCCUAUGUUUAUUGUAAUGAAGGAACAGGUCAACCAGUGCAACAUUGUGGCUUAUUGAUGCAUUUUACUAGUUUUUGGACACCAAUGGAAGAAUGUGGCACAGAGGAAUAAGCUACUGUAUAUUUGGCUUUGGAUACACAGACAAUACUUGUGAGUGGAAUAAAUACUUAUUGUUGGUUUUGGUAUUUUCAAUGGAUUUGUUGGCAAUAAGAUAAAUAUAGAAUAUUACCAGUAAUGCCUAAUACUGUCAGAAACUUAUAUUUAAUAUCUACAAAAUGCAUAAAGCACUAUUAUUUAUGUAUAUCAAUGAAAUUAUGGUUUCAGCAUUUUUAACACCUUUAAUACUUUCACAGUUGAUUUUUUUUGCACUGAAAAAUAAUAAUUGGAAGAGCUUUUUUUUUCUUUCUGGGCUGUUUUUGUGUGAGUAAAAACAUUCUGUACUGGUUUGUGUUUCUGCUGGACCCUGCUGUUCAAAUGGAUUUAAGACUGAAUGUCACUUAAGUUAUAUUUCAAUGAUGUUGCACAAUCUGUAUGUUUUCAUGCAGAUUUGGAAAGUAGACUUUUGAACAACUGAAAGCCUUGCCAAAAAUGUGAUAAGACUGGUUGAUUGUACAAUAUGUAUGUCUUCUCGGCAGAACUGAUAAAGCUUUGGCUCUAAUUUAAAGUCCACUGUAUGUUAAUUUGAUAUGGGUGCAGUCCAUGAAAAUUUACAAGCCAGGUGAUUAUAUUGAUGCAUCUUUUUAUAUUUGCACUUAAUUUUCGCUAUUAAUUGUUGAAGUGAUGGUAUUUACAUAAUGAAAUGGUAAUAACUUUACAAAAGUGCUGAAUUGUUUAUAUAUGACUUUUUUUCCCCCAACUAAAUAUCUGGCCGAUGACAAAGCAGAAUAAAGUUAUACUAUUUUUUUAUGCUUUUAUGAAAUUAAUCUGUGUUUAGCCAAAGUCUGAGCCCCUUUAAAGUUUAUUAAAUUGCAAUUCUCAGGAUAACACUGUGGUAUAUGUCAGCUUUUGCUUCUAUUCCUGAGACACUUUUAUUUUUUAUUUCCUAGUGCUGCCACUGAUAGACAGACAUAUCAGUCUUUUUUUCCUCAAGCAAACAGACUGAGCCUCAGUGAAGUGACAUGACUCACAACAGAGAGAAGAAAAAAAGAUGUUAAGAGAUAUUGAUGCAACACAAUUUGUUCAGGCCUGAGGAUCAGUGUGGAGUUGAGGGUGUGAGUAAGGACAGUAAAAAAAAAAAAAAAUAUAUAUAUAUAUAUAUAUAUAUAUAUAUAUAUAUAUAUAUAUACCAUUGGAGUUUGAGCUAGCUGUUUGUUAUUGUAUUGUCCAUGCCAGCCUAUAUCUAUAGAGCUACCCAUUCCCUGUUUGAAACAUUAUAAAUAAAACAUUUAACACUUU